AUGCCUACUACCAUUUCUGGUGCAGAUCUUCUUUUCAAAGAUUGUAGAUCCAGAAACUAUACUGCCAAGAGUCCAUUUGAAAAUAAUCUCAAGCUACUCCUCGAGUCAUUGUCUUCCAAUACUUCAAUCUCUGGUGGUUUCUACAAUGACACGAUUGGCAAUAGCAGUGACUGGGUCUAUGGACAAGCACUUUGUAGAGGGGAUGUAAACUCCACAGUUUGUCAGAGCUGUGUUCAUGAUGCAAGCCAGGAAAUCAAGAGUUGUAAAACUGAAGAAGCAAUUAUAUGGUAUGAUCUAUGUCAAGUUCACUAUUCCUCUACCCCGUUCUUUUCAGUGAUGUUUUAUGGUGGAAAGCUUCCUGAGAAGAAUAAGCAGGAGAAGAAUGUAUCAAAUCCAAAGCAGUUAGUUGAUGUUUUGAAUAAUUUAAUGACAAAGCUCUUGUACCAGACUGCCUAUACUUCUAAGGAAAUGUUUGCAACUGGCUAUAUGAAAUUUUCAGGAAAGCAAUCUAUUUAUGGCCUACAACAGUGCACUAGAGACAUUUCUGAAGAUGAAUGCCAUAACUGUUUGAAUUCUGCUCGUGAGGAGCUUCAGGUAUGCUGCUCUGCUCGUGAAGGUGGAACUGUUGUUAGCAAUAAUUGUAAUGUGAGGUUUGAGCUCUACCGAUUUUUCAACGACAUUUCCAAAGGGGACAAGAGGAAGAGUUGGAAGGUGGUCGUUAUAUGUGUAUCCACUAUACUAUCAGCAGUUUUCAUUGUACUUUGUGCUGUCUAUCUUCGGCGGGGAAGUGAAUUGGAAAAUGUCCGAGAUGAAGAAAGAAGCCAGCAUGGACUAUUACCUGAAUUAUUAAACCCCACUGGAGUCACAAUCAUUGAAGAAGACAAAAUGGUAAGUUCUGAAGAGCUGCCAUUCAUUGAUCUAGCUACUGUAAGGAAAGCUACAGAUGAUUUUUCAGAUUCGAACAAGCUUGGACAAGGUGGAUUCGGUGCUGUUUACAAGGGUUGGCUAGAUGGGAAAGAAGUAGCUGUUAAAAGACUAUCAAGAAAGUCAUGGCAAGGCUUAGAGGAGUUUAGAAAUGAAGUCACUCUCAUUGCAAAGCUUCAACACAGAAACCUCGUGCGGCUUUUGGCAUGUGGCUUUGAGGGAGGAGAAAAGCUGCUUUUGUACGAGUUCAUGCCAAAUAAAAGCCUUGAUACUUUUAUCUUUGAUUUGGAAAGACGAGCUGAACUCAAUUGGCAAACAUAUCACAACAUCAUUGAAGGAAUAGCCAGAGGACUUCUGUAUCUUCAUGAGGAUUCCCGGCUUAAGAUCAUUCACAGGGAUUUGAAGCCCAACAAUGUGUUGUUGGACCAUGAAAUGGUUCCAAAAAUAUCAGACUUUGGAAUGGCAAGGAUAUUUUGUGACAACCAGAACACUGCCAACACUAAAAGAGUUGUAGGAACACACGGCUACAUGGCUCCCGAGUAUGCAAUGGAGGGACUAUUUUCUGUAAAAUCUGAUGUUUUCAGCUUUGGAGUAGUCUUGCUUGAGAUUAUAAGUGGGAAAAAGACUAGUGGGUUCUACCUCACGGAACAUGCCAAGACGCUCGUUGAAUACGCAUGGACACUAUGGAAGGAUGGAAAAGGGUCGGAGUUUGUGGAACCUUUGUUGAUGGAAUGUUGCCCGAAAGCAGACGUUUUGAAAUACUUGCAGAUUGCGCUUUUAUGUGUCCAGGAAGACCCUGAAGAAAGACCAACAAUGUCAGCUGUGGUUGUGUUGCUGGGAAAUGAUGACUCAAUUGGUCUUCCUGAACCAAAGAAACCAGCCAUAUUUGCAAUAGGUAGAGUUGCUCCAAUAAACGAGUCUACACAUACCACUAAUCCUACUUCAAAUCAGCUCACUCUUUCCAUCAUUUCACCAAGUGAAACCAAAGCCAAAGAGGAUGCACUCACUGAAAAUAUUAAGACCCCAGGAGAUCGAGGUUCCCCGACGACGUCGUUUUGCACUCUCGGUUUGAGUUUCACUCGAGAAGCACUGAAAUCCCACCGUGACAUAACGGAGAAGCUAGUUGCAGAAGUAAGUAUGGCAGAAGUGGUCCUUCUCUUCCUUUCAAUGGUUGCCUUGCUCGGCUUUCCCACUACAAAAGCCGACUACAUCUACCAUAUCUGCCCAAACACCACCGUCUUCACCCCAAACUCCACCUUCGAAACCAAUCGCAACCAAUUGCUGUCUAACCUUGUCUCUAAUGCCACCAGUGACACCGGCUUUUACCAGGACACUGCUGGCGACCAGAUCUCAAAGGAGACAGUGGACGGCCUCUUCCUCUGCCGCGGUGACAAGUCCGCAGACGAUUGCAAAUUCUGCGUGGACACCGCGGCCUCAGAGGUUGUCCAAAGGUGUCCCGUCGAGAAACAGGUUGUCAUAUGGUACAACGACUGCAUGGUACGCUACUCUAACCAGUCAUUUCUUUCUACCGGGGCUCAGUCACCUAGGGUGUUCAUGUGGAACACAGUGAAUGUGACGCAGGUUGAGGAUAAUAGAACAGCCCAAUUUAACCAGGUUCUAGCAAAUACCACGAAUGAGCUAGUCCGAGAGGUUAUCAAAGCCCCUGAAAAGUUUGCAACCCAACAAGCAAUUUUUACAGAUUUUAUUACGCUGUACACCCUCGGACAGUGCACGCAGGAUCUGUCCACCGCAGAUUGCAAGUACUGUCUUAGAGAAGCCAUAGCACAACUUCCGGUUUGUUGUAGUGGAAAACAAGGGGGAAGAAUUCUGUCUCCAAGUUGUAAUAUUAGGUACGAGGUGUACCCCUUCUAUUCAACACAGCACGAUAUGCCUCCUCCGCCAGUCCCUGUAGCACCUCCUCCGCCAGCCCCUGUAGCACCUCCUCCGCCAGCCCCGGUGGCAACGGUACGUAAAGGAAUAGGUAAACUCCCAUCCAUAGUCAUUCCUAGCAUUCUUGCUCCCGUUGCUCUCUGUGUGCUAGUUGUGGUUGUGGCCAGAUGUUUCAUUCGCAAAUUAAAAAGAGCCAAAGGACAACAACAUGAAGCCGAAAAUGAUAUGACAACUGUUGAAUCCUUGCAAUUUGACUUGGGAACUAUCGAAGAUGCCACGAAAAAGUUUUCUGCCGAUUACAUGUUAGGUGAAGGCGGAUUUGGUCAAGUAUUCAAGGGAACGCUUGAUAAUGGACAAGAAAUAGCUGUGAAGAGGCUGUCAAAAAGCUCCGGACAAGGUGUACGAGAGUUUAAGAACGAGGUUUUAUUGGUAGCAAAGCUUCAACACAGGAAUCUCGUAAAGCUUCUAGGGUUUUGCUUGGGAGGAGAAGAAACACUACUUGUCUAUGAAUAUGUGCCCAACAAAAGUCUUGAUUAUUUUCUAUUUGAAGCCAAAAAAAGAGAACAACUGGAUUGGUCAAGACGCUGCACCAUAAUAGGAGGAAUCGCUCGAGGAAUCCUCUAUCUUCAUGAAGAUUCUAGGCUUCGAGUUAUACAUCGUGAUUUGAAAGCUAGCAAUAUCUUGUUGGAUGCCAGUUUGAAUCCAAAAAUUUCAGAUUUUGGAAUGGCAAGAAUGUUUGGAGUUGAUGAUCAAACGCAAGGAAGCACGAUAAGAAUUGUUGGCACUUAUGGUUACAUGGCUCCAGAAUAUGCUAUGGAGGGAUUGUAUUCUGUAAAAUCUGAUGUCUUCAGCUUCGGAAUACUCUUGCUUGAGAUCCUAACGGGAAGAAAGAACUUUUUAGGCUUUCAUCCCACAACUUCUGCACCGACUCUUCUCAGUCUUGCUUGGCAAUUAUGGAACGAAGGAAAAGUGUUGGAGUUGAUGGAUCCAUUGCUGAAAGAUUCAUGCAAUCCAAAGGAGUUCUUGAGAUACAUCCACAUUGGAAUGUUGUGUGUUCAAGAAGACGCAAACAAUAGGCCAACCAUGUCGUCGGUUGUUCUAAUGUUAAAGAGUGAAAGUAUCUGCCUUUCCAAACCUGAGCGACCUGCCUUCUUUACAGGAAGAUCUAUCAAUGAUCACUGUCAUACAUUAGGGGAUUUACCUAGUUGCUCUGUCAAUGGUUUGACGAUUUCUGAUGAUAUCCCACGCUGAGUUAGAUGACAAUUGUUGCAGUUCAUUCAUUCA